CGGUCCACAGGUAGAUUAAACUGGCGCUAGUCUACUGAUGUCAGAUUGUACAGAAAAUUAAGAUGAAGUACUGCCUAACAGUUGGCUUGCGCCUCUUGCGCCUGAUUCGAUUUUCCUUCCAAGCAGCCUUUAUGACAAUGUUUGGAAAAUACAUUCCUUCUAUCGACCAAACCAUAUUCAGAGAAUUCAGAGAAAUAAUGGCUGACUCCUAUCUUAAAGAAGAUGACUGGAAGGACACGGUUUACACCUUUGUUCAUUUGAAGGCAAUGAUAAAUUCCCGCUUUUUUGACGUUUUUCGGGAAGCGGAGCUACACGGCAAAGCGCCAGAUGGUGACGUCAUUACUUCUAAUUUGAAGAAGAGACGUCUGCUUGAAUUUGGCAGACAAGGCAGACCACUUGUUAUAAAUUUUGGGAGCUGCACUUGACCCCCGUUUAUGAAGAAGCUAGAGCAUUUCAAGAAAUUGAUAGCUCGCUUUGGUCAUGUGGUAGAUUUUUUAAUUGUUUACAUUACAGAAGCACAUCCUAGUGAUGGAUGGAAGUUCAAAAACAAUUUUGACAUAAAUAAUCACGAGGGGAUUCAUGAUCGAAUAAAAGCAGUAAAAACCUUAAUAAAAUAUCAGCCAAAUUGUCCAGUCGUGGCAGAUGAUUUUUCAAAUAGUCUGAAUUACAAAUAUGGCGCCAUGUACGAGCGUCUCUAUAUCGUCCUGGAUGACGUUGUGGUGUAUCUUGGAGAGAGGGGACCACAGGGGUAUCACGUGGAGGAGGUGGAGGACUGGCUGGAUAAAUACACGUCAUAGAUUAAUUUGUCAUAUUUGGAUUGCAUGUUGAGAGAUGAGCCUCCAAAUCGAAGGAAAUGUAUCUGUUUUCUGUUGAUUGAACGCGUAUUGAAUGUUAAAUUACGUUAAGUUUCUGUAUAUGUAGUCAACUGAAUGGAAUCACAAAAUUUAAGACCACCAAAAAGGCAAGUCACAGAUAUUGAAUACUGCUGAAAAUUAUAACCCGUUAUACAGGCCCGUAGGAAGCAAUUUCAGUGGGGGGGGGGGGGUCUAAAAAUUCCUUGGCAGAAAAAAGGUCAUCAGAUUAUU